CUCACGCCGCCACUGAGUCAUGAUUAUCCUUAAUACUAUUACAUGCAUUAUUACGAACUGCUGAGCUGCAACCCCCACCGCUAACCUGUCAAACCAGUCUAGUUCAUCACAUUCAAUACAUGGAUGUGUAUAUCACACCAGCCUCACUUUCGAUCCGUGCCUAUUCAGCACAUUACGUAUGUAUGCAUUCAUCAAUGUGAGGCGCGAGGCUGGACGGCAGGAAUCAUUUCCAAGAUCCAUUCGUAUGUACAUAUACAUCCAAGGCAUGCAUGCAUAGCCUCCCUCUCAGUAUUCGAUCAGCUCAUAAUCCUGGCUGUGAUCAUGAUCGACUGGAUCGGAACGACGGGAAGCAGAAACAAAAGGGCCUGCCCCGGAGUGAUGAGCACGCAUCGAUCCUGCAGGCAGGGCAGUGCAGUGCAGUGCAUGGUCAUGUCAGGCAAGUCACGAACAUCAACUGGCUCGGCUGUCAAUACAUAGUAGACAGGACUAGGUGGGUUUGUAUGGUGCAUGACGCACGCUAUCUCGGCGUGAAUCUGGCUUGCAGAGAUACAUAGCUAGUCAGUGAUACUAUCAACUAGUCUGCGUACAUGUAACCCUGCGUCAACUUCGACGGACAGCCUUGAAUAGUCGUGGAGCCUUAGUCGCUCUAUUAUAAUCAUAAUCAGUAACUUAAUCGUUUGAUUAUUUGAUUAUUUAAUCGCCACCGAUAAAACAACCAGUACUAAGAA